AUUUAUGUGAUGCACUCAUACAAAUUCAGUCAAUUCCUUCUACUCUUUCAACUAAAAGAAAAUGGAGUCAAAGUUUGCUCACAUCAUUGUUUUCUUUCUUCUUGCAUUUUCCUUUGAAACUCUCAAGGCACAAAGUGAUGGGCUAGAUUUCAUAAAACUUCUAAAGGAAUUGAAAUCUGUUGAGUCCAAGCCCAACUUGGAAUGCCAAGGAAAACUAAGGUGGCCAGAACUUAUUGGUGUACCAGCACAGUAUGCUAAGGGAAUAAUUGAGAAGGAAAAUUCACUCAUAAGUAAUGUUCAUAUAUUAUUGAAUGGUUCUCCAAUCACAUUGGAUAUUCGUUGUGAUAGAGUUCGUCUUUUUGAUAACAUCUUGGGUUAUGUUGUAGACAUGCCUGUGGUUGGUUAAUUAAUGGAUUAUUGAAGUAAGCAGCCACAUGUGAAAAAAUAAUUAGGGUUCAUGUAUGUUGAUUAUAAUGUAUCCAUGUACUCUUCUAUAAUAAUGGAAUAAAUAAGUAUGGCUUAAUUAAAUGUA